AUGGGCGUAAUGAAUCACAGUCCUCCGGUCUGGAGGUCGAUACUACUCGUUGGCAUCUUUUUCAGUCUACUGCACUGGGCUUACUAUGUCGGCGGUCCAUUCAGCGAUUCAUUCAGCAGCAGGGUGCUGAAGCCCGCGGCUUUUGAGGCGAAUCGUUCAUCAGAUAUUGCACACAAAGCGCCAGAAGCGAGUUCGGUGCGCGAGAGCACGAAUACCUCGGAUGUCUUCAACUCGACCCUGGGUUUCGAAAAAGUCAUAGGGCUCAACCUGCCUGACCGGGCUGACAAACGCGACAACCUGAGCUUGAUGUCUGCGCUCACUGGAUUCAAGAUCAGCUGGGUGGACGGCGUGCUGGGCCCGGCGGUCCCGGACAAGGCCGUCCCGUUUGGCUGGGACCGGACACAAUGGCCCGAAGCCAAUCUCGGAUCCUGGCGAGGCCACAUCAACGCCAUCCGAAGCAUAGUAGAAGACGACCUCUCAUCCGCGCUGAUCCUAGAGGACGACGUCGACUGGGACGUAUCCCUCAAGCCGCAGCUCUCGCAGUUCGCCGAGGCCGCCAAAACGCUGCAGGCCGACUUUCCCAAGUCCACGCUGCACCCGGACCCCAGCCCGUACGGACAGGACUGGGACCUGCUGUGGAUCGGCGCGUGCCUCACGCGGUUCAACCGCGAGCAGAGCGAGCCCAAGGUGCUGCUGCGCAACGAUCCUACGGUGGCGCCGCGCCACCGGCUGGGGCAGAACGACACCUUCGCGUGGGACGAGUAUCCGGAGCAUUCGCGCAUCGUCUACGUGCCGGACCACGACACCAUCUGCUCAUUCGCAUACGCGCUGAGCCGCGAGGGCGCCCGCAAGGCGCUGCUGUACCUGGGCGUCGAGGACCAGCCCACCGUCUUCGACUUCCACAUGAGCGACCUGUGUCGCGACAAGCCACUGGGCAUCCGCUGCAUCAGCCUCGUACCGGGACUGUUCAUGCACCACCGGCCGAGGGGCAGGGUGAGCCACGACUCGGACAUACUCGAGUUUGACCCGGAGGAGGUGCGGGAGGUCGGGACUACGGAGAAUAUAUUGUACAGCACGCGGUUGAAUCUGCGGAAUCUGAUCGAGGGCCGCGAGCCCCAGAAGCAAUGGGCGGACUGA